AUGACUUCCGACUUACUAGCAUUUAACUGCAGGCAGUUUUGCUUUAACCAGCUGGUCACCUCCUUUAGACAAGAUACCAAGGAUAAGUUAGGGCUUGAUCCUCCAGCUCUGAUCGCCAUGAAUGAUAUAGACACUCUUAUUAAAGAAGCACUACCAAUGUGUGGCACACCAGAUAAACUGCAACCCAUUUUGGAUGCCCUUCAAAACCUUGGGGUGAAAACAGUUGAAGAUAUGAAGCUUGUCCAGAAGGAUGACCUUGCAGGAGUGCUCAAACCCAUUCAAGAAAGGAAGCUUCUUGCGCAUGUAAACACUGUUUUGAGGAAGAAAUUAGAAGAAGAAACGAAAAGACUCCUAUGGCCGUAUUGUGUUGGAGCCUGUGCCUGUCAAUAUGGAUGCACAGAUGAAGAAAAAAAAGAGAUGCAAGAAAUGUUCAUGGCAAAUGACAGGAAUGAAAAACGCAUAAAGGAGUUAAUGUCAGAUACCUUUGUAUCUCAGAGAAAUGACAUAACAUCUGGUAAGGACACACAGGUCCUUAAAGAAGAAUGGCCCUACCUAUUCUCACUUGUUGGCAUGAAGGAACACUUCAAACUUUUAACUGGUGUCCAGAUAAACGAGGCAUUUGAACAAGUCAUGACAAAUAAAUUUUCAAUAGUUCUUGACUACUUUCAGUCUCUUCCAAUUGAGAAGUCAGUCAUGGCUGGAAAAGACAGAGCUGAAAUCCAAGCGAGUGGUGGACCCUCUGGAGCAGUGUUGAUGCUACUUUCACACUUCAAAGAGGAGCACACAAAAAUGUUCCACAUUGUUGACAAAACAUGCAUUGCAGAUGAGGUUGAGACUGAACGACUGCCACCCACACCAUGCAUUGUUGUAUGUGGUAAGUGAGAGCUUACCAGCAGACCAGGAGGUGAUAAUGGAAAAUUUGACAAGCUUCACUGACGCACUGGUCAGCAUGUUCAUCUGCUACUACAUUUUCAACAUGCACUACUCAGUGGAACUUGGGGCAACGCUGGAGUUUCUUCAAAGGUAAAUGUGCCCUAAUUCUCCUCUGAUUGGGAAUGGUUUUGGUUUUUAAGCUAGAUUUUUCUGUUUGUCUCUGUAUUU